UUGCUUCCCCCCCGGGGGGCCGCCACCUUGUCGUGGUGGGGGGGCUUGCGUCCUCCAAUGAUCUCCAAGGCUAUAUCGGCAGGUUCUGCCAUACCGGUCAGGCUUGGGAGGGCACAGUGGACGGGACCGAAGGAGGAGGUCAGUCGAAAGACUGAGAGGUUGGUGGGGUCGGCUUUACCGCCGACCGGAGGGGCUUCGGGCCUCUCAACCCGUUAUCUUCUCCUAGGGGGGGACCGGGGGUCUUGGCUUCACCGUCUGGACUACGAGGCUGGCGACCUCAAUAAAAACCGCCACCAAAUCCAAGUUAUGGAAUGUAGAAAACAAAAAAACAGAAAACCCUUAGAUGUUGGUGGGCCUAGCUCGGGCGGAAGAGAGCAAGGAGAUGAGAGGCCUAGCUCAGGCGAAGAAAACGAGCAGGUGCCUAUGGCACCCGAGCAGGUGGAGACUGUCAGUGUGGGCAGAUGA